CACCCUCCUUGUGACCUGACCCAGGCUCCGUUCCCUUCCCUUUCCCUCGCAUUCACGACCAGAAAAACGACCCAGCAUCAGCACACCUCCCUCCCGUUCCCGCCUGAUGUUCUCAUGUCCAACCCGCCGCCCCUUACACCCGAAAAUGCCGCAGCCGCUGCCGCUGCCACAGCGGCGGUGAGUCCCGUUCCCGUUCGAACGGCGGACGACGCGCACCAUCUCGCUGAAGCAGAAGCGGGUGCGCCACUGCCCCCACCGCCUUCCCCCAAACCGGCGGCGACAAAAGACCAACAAGCAGAACAAGAAUUCGACCAAGGAGCAGGGCCCGUCCUGUCGGUACCACCACCACCACCAUCACCACCACCACUAUUAGCACCAUCAUCAGCACCAUCAACAUCCCCAGCAGCAGCUGUACCCCCUGCCCAGUCCCAGCAGGAGCAGGGCACGCCCGGCACCGGCCCCCUGGCUCCUCAAGCCACCGGGUCCUCUGCCGCGUCCCCCGUUGAUCCCGUUAAAUAUGCCCGGGGCCCUGCCGUCCUGCAAAGGCCCCACGGCCCUUCGUUGCUGACCCAGGCUCUUGCAACAGCUCGCGGUAUCCCUCGACAGAACCAGCCUUCUUCACAUCCGCCCCAGCAGCCAUCGCCGCCCGAGCCUCCAGAAUCGCUGUUCAGGGACGUCGGAGAUCGAGACCCGCGUCAUGGCUCCCUGACACCGGCUGACGGCGAUCAGCUGACGCCGCGAUUCUCCUCCCCUCGAAAGACGACGACUAUGCCUUCUGCAGCCCCCACGUCCACGGCGGUGGCCGCUGCUGGCUACGGCAGGUUCGAUCUCGCCGAGGUCAACUCAAUCCUCAAUGGCCACCGCGAAUUCCUGUCCAGGACCAAGGGCAGGACCUCCUCGUUUGACUCGACAGAGAGGGACCUUCCGAGUCGGCGGAGUGCCCACUUCCACGACAAGGCCGCCACCAAUCCUCCCGCUUCGCCGCGUCUCCCCGACCUCGGCGUCGCUCUGCACGAUGGGCCCGCCGAGGUGGCCGGCGUGGCCGACGCCCGUCCCCAGCCAAGAGCCUGGAAGACAGACCAGCGGAUCUCGAUGGGCCCCGAGAAAGCCUGGUCAAUUGGGUCGGGGGAUGCGGGAAGCGGCGAGGACGGACAGGUCGAGAAGUCCAUCUCAGAGGUGCUCGCCGGCAUUGAACACAACACGCGGAGCCGGAAGGCCAGCCACAGCCUGCGUUUCUUCAAGGAAGGGCUUCCCGAGGAGAAAGCGAAGCGAAGGGACCACCGUCCUGCCCAAUCUACGCGAGAAAGGUCCCCUUCCCGAGGGGACAAGCUGGCCGAGAUCCACGAGCAUCCCGCUGGCGGCGACGCAGUGGAGGAGCCUCGGGUACCCGAAGAUGGCCCCGUGUCGGCUGAACGGCAAAACGGAGCUCGCGUCCUCCCGGCGCGGACGCCCAAGGCCAAGACAGUGCAUGGCUCGCCGGAAGACCAUUUUGCUCUGAAACAGGGCGAAUACGUGCGGGAAGUGGUUUCCGAACCGGCGACAUCUGUGGACGGUCAGGACGAAGAGCAGCCGUCGGGUGUCGAGCCUCCCGAGCUCGGCCAUGAGCUGAAGCCGCGACGCGUGUCCGACCUCGACGCGGAGGCUGGGGAGAGCGGCGAGGAAGGCGAAGAGUCUGGGGAGGAGAAGAUCUCGUCUGCCGUUUUCUUGCCGCAUCAGGCUCCCGAGCAGGAGCAGAGCCACGCACCCAUGCCCGGUGCCCCGCAGAGGGCUGCUCCCUCGCGAAGGCACUCGCGGCAUGACGACUUCCAUCCCUGGCUUGUCAAAGCUGACGAGCCCGAGACCGACCGCACGCGGGAGAGCCUUGAUCUCGACAACGAGAUGGGCCUGGAAGCUCCCGGAUAUCCCACUGUAGCUCCAGAGGUAGCCUCCAGGCAGGUUGAUGAGCCCGCCCCUGUUGAUGAAUGUGAACCUGCUGUCCCCCCAUCCCGCUCGUCGCGUCCGGUCUCCCUGUACCACGAGGAUGCCGUCCACGAGCAUCAGUUGUCGACUCCAAGGCAGCCGCUGGAGGCGAUCGAACUCAUUCCCUACAAGCAUCAGGUCGGGGGCCAUACGACACUGUGGAGAUUUUCCCGGCGCGCUGUGUGCAAGCAGCUGAACAAUCGCGAAAAUGAGUUUUACGAAAAGAUUGAGAAGUACCAUCGCGAUCUUCUGGCGUUUCUGCCUAGGUACAUCGGGGUACUGAACGUCACCUUCCAGAAGCAGCCCCGCCGCAAAUCCACCAUGAGACGAGACACUGCGGUACAUGAGACGUCGCAUGUCAAGAGCAACGGGGCGGCUCAAGAGAAAUCGCCCGAGCCUCACGCUUCAGAUGCGCCUCGCGUCGUCAGCCAGUCGAUUCACCCCUCUUCGGCCCAAGUCCCAACCGUUACGUUCGUGGACAACCAGCAUAUCCUGCCGCGGAACCUCCUUCAGCCGGCCGGCAGCCUCCCCAGCUACGCCGGCCGCUUUCGGAGCUCGUCGGCGUAUGCGCAGGCACCGCCGAACGGCGCGCUGGACGGACGGGCCGCCGACAGCGCGGGGGAUGCGUCGCGCCCGAGCCUGCAGGAGCGCCAUGCCAACAGCUGGGGCGCCACCACGGUCAACAAGAAGCUGCGGAACGAAGUCUUCAACGAUGCCUUCCUGAAGCAGCCGAUCGCCAUCCAUCGCCAUCGCAAGGGCCAUCAGCGAGUGGCUCGCCGGCCGCUUCAGCAUGUGCUGCGGCCGUCCGGCUCGGACCCCAGCUUGAUCGAAUCGCACGAGAAGAGCGCCAGCGAGCCGCCUGCGGGGUUGAACGGCGGUGUUGCUUACGCGCACAGCCAGAGCGACCUCAGCCCGAGCCGUGAGUAUGGCCAGGACGACGAGACGGCGCCAAAGGACAUGACCGGGACGAGCGCGCCCGAGCCGGAAAUCCUCGCAGAUUCGUCGCCCGCUCAAAGGAAGAAGCGCCGCUAUUCCGGCUCCGGUCUGCGUAGGAAGCCGAAGGACGUCCGGGAUGGCCGUGGCGACUUGAAGUACUACGAAGAGGCCGACGAUGCCGGUUAUAAGGGGGAUCGUGAGGAUCCGAAGCCGACGGGGGCGCAAAGGGGAGCAUCGACGCGCCCGGACUCGAGUCGCAAAGCCGAGCGGCCCGGCGGACAGCACCCGGCUGUGGCUCCUCCCGAGUUCGGCGGCAAGAUUCCCCGGCCCGUCAACCCCAAGGAAGCGCAGACGCAGCGCGACUCGCGCGUCGAGUACUUCCUGCUGCUGGAGGACCUCACGGCGGGCAUGAAGCGGCCCUGCAUCAUGGACCUCAAGAUGGGCACGCGGCAGUACGGGGUCGACGCCAACCCCAAGAAGCAAAAAUCGCAGCAGGGCAAGUGCGCCGAGACGACGUCGCGCGAGCUGGGCGUGCGCGUGUGCGGGCUGCAGGUGUGGGACGUGAAGACGCAGAGCUACGAGUUCAGGGACAAGUACUACGGGCGCGAGCUGAAGCCGGGCGCCGAGUUCCAGGCGGCGCUGACGCGCUUCCUGUACGACGGCGUGGACCGCGGCAGCAUCCUGCGCCACAUCCCCACCGUGCUGCACAAGCUCGACGAGCUCGAGGUCAUCAUCAAGCGCCUGCGCGGGUACCGCUUCUACGCCGCCAGCCUGCUGAUGUUCUACGACGGCGACGACGACUCCGCCGGCGAUACCAACGGUAAUCAUAAUAGCAACAGCAACAGCAACUACUACGUGGAGGACUCGACCACCGACUUCGCCACCGACACGGAGGAGGUCUCGGCGGCCCCGCGCCGCGGCCCGCGCCGCAGCCGGCGCGAGAUCGAUUUCAAGAUGGCCGACUUCGCCAACUGCGUCACGGCCGGCGACCUGUCGGCGCGCGACCGGCCCUGCCCGCCGCGCCACCCCAACGAUCCCGACCGCGGCUUCCUCCGGGGCCUGAGGAGCCUGCGGCGGUACUUCUUGAAGAUCCAGCGGGACACGCGGGCGGAGAUGGGCCUCGUGGGCCCGCUGCGGAAUGGUGGCGGGGUGGAUGACGUGGUGGUGGAGGAGGACGAGGACGAGGAGGGAGAAGGGAGUGUUAGUGAAUGAAUGUGAUGGAUGGAUGAAUCGGCUAGGGGUUGCCGCGGUAUAUUUUUAUAUCAUUUUGUUCU